GAGGGGAACGUGGGCUGUGUGUGAGUCGGUGCUGUUCGGGGCAUUAGCAUACUCAUACCCCGCUGUCGACCUUUGAAUCUCGGGGCCCGGUAGGUAGGCAGCUCCGCCGUCCACGGUCCCAAUUGGCUGAGCUCUUUUCCGCUGCACACAGCUGCUUCCUGCUGCAUGUGGUAGCCCAAACAGUGUACACACACAGACGUACACUGUGUUUUUCUACACGCACUAUGAGAGUGUGCACGAUGUUGCUCGAGCCCAAAGUCCCUCAGUGAGUGGCGCGGUCUCUUAUCGUUAUGUUAGAAGAUUAACGAGGUUAUCGGUGUCCUGUAAAACACGUAGGCUACUGCCAGCUGUCAGCCGGGAAGCGGACAGAGGAGGCGGACCGACGAGGAGAAAGGAAGCUCCCGCUGUAGCUGCAUCGGACAACGGCAUAGCACGGAGCCAUGGCCGAGAAGCGGAUGUCACGGUGGUACUUCGGUGGGCUGGCGUCCUGCGGGGCCGCCUGCUGCACGCAUCCUCUGGAUCUAUUGAAGGUACACCUGCAGACGCAGCAGGAGGUAAAGAAGAGGAUGAUGGGGAUGGCCAUUCAUGUGGUGAAGAGCGACGGUGUGCUGGCUCUUUACAGUGGCCUCUCUGCCUCCCUUUGCAGACAGAUGUCCUAUUCGCUCACCAGAUUCGCCAUCUAUGAGACAGUGAGGGACAUGAUGGGCAGCACAAGCCAGGGCCCCAUGCCCUUUUACCAGAAGGUCCUGCUGGGAGCCUUCGGAGGUUUCACUGGAGGAUUUGUUGGCACGCCGGCAGACCUGGUGAAUGUCAGGAUGCAGAAUGACAUGAAACUACCACCAGAGCUGAGGAGGAACUACAAACAUGCCAUCGAUGGGCUCUUCAGAGUCUUCAGAGAAGAGGGUCUCAGGAGACUGUUCUCAGGAGCCAGCAUGGCCUCCAGCAGAGGAGCAAUGGUCACUGUGGGACAGGCAAGUCACACAUAUGAAAUACGUUUAAAUUCCCUGCAGGUAUUAACGAGGCCAGAGUAUUUUACGGCCAGUGACGAGCAACUGUUUUUUCACAAUCACAAUUAAGAUAAAAGUUUUCUC